AUGUUUGUUUUGAGUCUAUCAAAACGCGGUGUAUUUGGAAUUAAACAUGGUCAUUUUGAAAUUCGAUCUCGACGGGCAGUUUUUAUCAAUGAUCCAUUCAUUGCUCUUGAUUAUUACAUGGUUUAUCUCAUUAAACAUGAUUCAACACAUGAUAUUGGGCAUAUUAUUGAAACAACCGGUGUAUUUACAACAAUUGAUGAAUGUCAAUCGCUUUUACAAGCUGAUGCUAAAGAUGUUAUAAUUACAGCACCAUCAACUAAUGCUGCCAAAACUAUAUAUAUUUAUUUAUGUUAUUUUUAA